AUGUCCAGCCCCGUUGAAAUCAAUGAAUGGCGCAUGCAGGUAAACACCAGCAGCAGCAGCAGCAGCAGCAGCAGCAGCAGCAGGAUUUAUUUGGGGCCCCUAAUGGAGCCGCAUAGAGAACGGCUGCAGCAGCACUGGCAGCAGCUGCUGCAGCAGCAGCAAAUCCCCUUCUCUUUAGAAUUCGAUAUAAGGGAUAUCAUGUCCAGCCCCGUUGAAAUCAAUGAAUGGCGCAUGCAGACUCGUCCUCUACUCUGGCUUUCUAUCGUGGACUUCUCUGUCACCCGUGAGGGUUUAGAGGAGCAGCUGCUCGUAGAAAUUGUUUUAGUAAAAAGCCCAGAGGCAGAGCGGAAGAAGACGCAAAUACAAAUUCAAAAUGCUGUCGACUUGAGGCAACUCCAGGAACUUGAAGAGACGAUGUUGCGUUUAUUAUCAACAAGCGGUGGGAACAUCUUAGACGAUGCAGCAUUAACAAAUACUCUUGAUGAAGCUCGAGCAACAGCAGCAGCAGUAGCAGCAAGAAUGCGUCAAGCAGCAGCAGUAAUGAAUGAAAUCGAAGCACUGCAGCAAAAAUUUAAACCUGCUGCUGCUAGAGGCUCUCUCUUCUUUUUUACUGCACAACAACUUAAAACCCUAAACCCUAUGUACACCGCAAGCCUAGAUCUAUUUCUUGAUGCUUUCACAAAUGCAAUCAAAGGACAACACCAGCAGCAACAGCAGCAGCAGCAGCAGCAGCAGGAGGAGCUGCUGCAGCAGGAAGAAGAGCUGCUGAUACAGCAGCAGCAGCAGGAGCUGUUGCAACAGCAGCAGCAGCAGCAGGUGGUACUGGAUGCCGCUUCGGAUGCUGCUGCUGUCGCAGCAGCAGCAACGGAGCCUUCAGAAGAAACUAUGAUACCUCCAGCAGCAGCACCAGCAGCACCAGCAGCACCAGCAGCAGCAGCAGCACCAGCAGCAUCAGAAGCGCCGGCAGCAGCACCAGCAGCAGCAGCAGCAUCAGAAGCACCAGCAGCAGCAGCAGCAGCAACAGCAGCAGCAGAAAGUGAAGAUAGGAUAGAUGCAAUGGUGGAAGCAGCAACUCUAGCUGUUUAUAGCCAAACCCUAGCGGGUCUAUUUGAAAGACAUCGGCUACCCUUUGCAUUUGCAGUGGCUGCAGAAAUUAUUAGAAAAGAAAAAUGCCCAGAAGCCGCAGAGGCUAGUCAAUUGUUACUAGGAGGAGGCGUUUGGAAUUCUAUGAAGGGUUUACAAGGCAGCAGCCAGCCAAACCCUUUUCCCGAUUUGCUGCAGCAGCAGCAAUGGCAGCAGCUGCUGUCUCUUUCUGCUGCUGUAUCCUCAUUGCAGAAGCUGCCUAUACACCUGACUACACAUUCUAAUAAGUGGCGACAAUGGGUUGCACUCAAACAUAUUCACAAAACCCUGCCGCCACUCUUCGAGGAAGAAGAGCGUACACUCAGGACAUUCGAAACCAUGCUGCUACUCUCCGUCUUAAAGCAAGAAGCCAUUUAA